UGUUGACAACACUUUUUUUGUUUUCUCUUUCUUCAAUUCCCAAGAAAAUCCUAUCUCCUCUGCAAUUCAAUCUCUCACCAUCUUCCCCCAUUCCCCAAUCAAUCGUCCCCAUUCACAACCCUUCUUUUUCGCUUCCUUUUCCACCGCCCCACUAUCCCUAUAAAAAAUCCCCAAUAUAUCAAGAUUUUAUCUUUUAUCUUCGCCCAUACUCUUAAUCUUCUUCAGAACAAAAAAAAGGAAAAAGAAAAACUUCAACAAUGGCUUCUCCCAAAAAAAUCUCGUUCUGGGCCGUCCUCCUUUCGCUUUCCCUCGUUUCCUCGGCCAUCGACAUGUCCAUAAUCACCUACGAUCGGGGCCACGACGUGGGCCCGGCCCGAUCCGAAGCCGAGACCAUGGCGCUGUACGAGUCGUGGCUCGUCAGGCACGGCAAGGUGUACAACGCCCUCGGCGAGAAGGAGCGGCGAUUCGAGAUCUUCAAGGACAACCUGAGGUUCAUCGAGGAGCAUAACUCCGUCGACCGGACGUACAAGGUGGGGCUGAACCGGUUCGCAGAUCUGACGAACGAGGAGUACCGGUCGAAGUUCGUCGGCGGGAGGAAGAACAGGAAGCCCGGGUUGAUGGCUCGGAGGGCGAGCGACCGGUACGCGGUUAGGGCCGGAGAGGAGCUGCCGGAGUCCGUUGACUGGAGGGAGAAAGGCGCCGUCGCGCCAGUCAAAGAUCAGGGCCAGUGUGGGAGUUGCUGGGCUUUUUCAACUGUUGCCGCUGUUGAAGGAAUAAAUAAGAUAGUAACUGGGGACUUGAUAGUCCUGUCCGAGCAAGAACUGGUCGAUUGUGACAGGUCAUACAACCAAGGCUGUAAUGGAGGUCUAAUGGACUAUGGCUUUCAGUUUGUGAUUGACAAUGGUGGUCUUGACACAGAGGAUGAUUACCCGUACAGAGCUCGUGAUGAAACUUGCGACAGCUUGCGGAAAAAUGCACACGUGGUCUCCAUAGAUUCUUAUGAAGAUGUUCCUGCAAAUGACGAACAAGCUUUGAAGAAGGCUGUGGCUCAUCAACCAGUCAGUGUCGCCAUUGAAGCUGGCGGCAGAGCUUUCCAGCUUUACCAAUCGGGUGUCUUCACCGGGCAAUGUGGGACCGACUUGGACCACGGCGUGGUGGCUGUUGGCUACGGCAAGGAAAACGGGACAGACUAUUGGAUCGUGCGUAACUCGUGGGGCCCGAGCUGGGGAGAGAGCGGCUAUAUCCGCCUCGAGCGCAACUUGGGCAGUCGCGCCACAUCAGGUAAGUGCGGGAUUUCAGUCGAGCCCUCGUACCCGAUUAAAACGGGCCAGAACCCACCGAAGCCUGGCCCGUCACCUCCUGUGAAGCCCACCACGGAGUGCGACGAGUACUUCUCCUGCCCGGCGGGCAGCACGUGUUGCUGCGUGUACCAAUACGGGCAGUUCUGCUUUGGUUGGGGCUGCUGCCCGAUGGAGUCCGCCACUUGCUGUGACGACCACUCGAGCUGCUGCCCGCACGAGUACCCGGUUUGCGACGCUGGUGCAGGCACUUGCUUGAUUAGUAAGGAUAGCCCGUUUGGAGUACCGGCGUUAAAGAGGAGUAAGGCUAAUCUCGACUGGUCGAGCCUGUUUGCCGGUGCUCGGAAGUUCAGCAGCAUUUGAGUGUCGAGAGGUCGAGGGCACGAGCUAAUUUGAUCAGUAUUUUUAUUUAAAGGGCACACUUUUAAUUGGAGUGUGGGAACCUUUAAUGAUUAAUAUAUCUAUUUCAAGACUUAGGGUCUAUUUAUCAGAUGUUUGUAAAUAGUUCAUCUUUUUUUUCCUUUCGCUGUUUGGACCAGGCAUUUGGAGAAGUGGUUUUUAGAUUUAGACUUUUGAUUGUAUAUAUCUGGUUUAAAGGAUUCUCAUUAGCUUAUUUGAAGGAAUUUCUGCUAAUUUCUCCCAAGUGUUUGAAAGUGC